GUCUCACUCUGUGAUGUCCAUAUGCGUUGCCUGCAAGACUUUGCAUUAAAAGGCAGCAUCAAAAAAUCACUCUUUGGGGCGAGCAAUGGAACAAACAUUUUUCUUAUGUUAGCGUAUACUCUUCGUAGUGCGAACACCUUUUGUACCAUCGGUGAGAUGGAACAAAGCUGAAAAAUGCCGCAGUGUGUAUGCACGUAGCAGUUUCCUACGCCUUCUGCAUGUUUCGACUUCAUUACAUUUAGUACAUUUGAAGUACUGUGCGCCACGGUCUCGUGACGAAGAUUGAGUGAAAGCAGGACCGUUCUGACUGAACCAUUUAUUCAUUUUCUGCCAAUCCUACAACCGGCUUCUCCAAACCGACUGUUUUGCCGCAGCUCUAUCGUGCGUCCAGCUAUGUGCCACCGUUGCCCACAAAUCUGUGACGAUUGUCGACUGCACAUGCAUGUAACUGGUUUAAUUCAGGUGACUGAUGCGCAUUCCUAUCGCACUGGUUCUGGAGAAGGUUACAGAGCCUGCAUAUUUCACUCCAUCCGUAAGACCAUCCUCCAGUGACCCUUGGUUAACCGCUCGCGGUUUCGAACUCUUAAUGCCUUCUCCUGACAAGGGCCCAUAAAGAGAGUAAAGGCAUCGUGCAUCAGAUGAGUCCAAAAUAACCUCGUCUUACUGAAAACGAGCAAAUAAACGGAAUCUUUUCGUAUUAUUCUUCACUAAGCGCAACACACUAGAAAUGAAACUAACUUUGUACACGCUCUGGACAUCGCAGCGAGAGCGCAUGUUGCCUUCGAAUUCGCGCCCAGCGAGUGUCUUGACCUUCCACCGACCACCGGCUCUGAGGACAUCUCUACCCGCAAAAGCGGCGUUUUCAUUGGAUGGCGUCCCUCAUGACAGGGCGUCUUGAAAUCUGAAAAGGGGCAAAGCGCAUUUGUGAUAAAACAUUGAAAAACCGCGGAAAGCGUGCUUCAUUUGCGUAUGUCUUGAGGUAGCUUUGGUGGUGUCUGCUGUUUCUGUGGUGACACAUCAUCCUCACCGCUGGUGCCAUACCCUACAUCCAUGCAGUGUCCUUCGAGGUGUACGCAGUUACGCAUGUUUUUGUAUAGGAGAAUCUCUUCAAACUAUACCAAUUUGUAGCCCCGAUGGCCGGCCAGACGUUUCCAGCAGUAUAUCUGACCCUCAUGAUCGGCACCUUACUAUUAUCGUGUGCCGCGUCUGAAACAAAGGAGCCCACAGCUGGUACCGAGUUCACUGCCGCUAUCCCGAAAGGGGGACUCGAGAAGAAUGUGGAAGAAAUAUUUUCUCUCGGUCCAUCUUGCACGCUGCGGGUCAUCGACGAAACCGGCAAAGCUAUCUACCAGCCUGAAACAAGCACGAAUUCAGAUGGAACUUUGACGGAACCGUACAGUGCCGCGUAUCAAUAUGUGAAUGGAGCGUGCGAUUUCACUAAGACAAUCGAAUUCAAGGAAGCUUUUCCAGGGUACAAGGCGAAAUUAUGGAUUCGGGAAGAGCAGGAAUCUUGGGGGCGAAACCGUGAAUCCGCGGGAAAAGCUGUAAAAUACACGUUUAGAAAUCCUCCCGCAGAGUACUUGAGUGGAGGGCUGAGUUUUUGUGUCCGGUUUAAAACGGUCCUAACGGCUGUCUCGGAUUCGGAAACCCGCCCGCCGACUCCUCCGACGUCUACUCCAAACGAUACAGAAAGUCCAGAAUCCAAUGAUCAGCCAGAAAGUGACGGGACCCAUCAGGGGUCUGGAGAUACAGGUGCUGAGCCCCCUGCUUCAGAUAAUGGUUCAGAUUCCCUUGGGCAGGGGUCAGCGUCUUCUCAGGGCGGCGUAGGAACUGAGCCAACAGACGGUUUGGGAGGGUCUGAUACUCAAGGGAAUCCUUCCGAUUCCGAGGUCCAUGCAGAUACGCCGACAAGCCCUUCAGGGCCAAAAGUCCCUGCAGUGAACCAAACACAGGGAAACAAUCUUUCUACGUCUUCAGAAGCCCCAGGAGGCUCUGUCGGUGGAAACGGUGAUAAGGGACACCUGAGUGGUGGCACUGAUGGCGUUAGUGGCAAACUCUCGAGGCGCCUCAGUGAGGCUGCCCCAGUGAAAGAUGCAUUCUUGACUGUUGUAGUGCACUCCGGGUCACGGAACUUCCUGAGUGGAUUGAGUUCGCUAUCAAUCUUCCUUGUGGCCGUGGGAACAACACUGUUGCCAGUUUCGUAAAUGUGUAUGCGUGUCAACAAACGGGGUGGAGAGAAAGAGACGCGGCAAGCACGGAAUGGAUGUUGUACUGUGUUGGUCGUUGCAGGGAAAACGGAGGGCAAUCAAGGGUGGUGGUCACGUUGCAGGAUUGCGUGACUGAAAGCAAUCUGGUGUUGUACGUGACACGUUUCUGCUGGCCGCGCGUGUUAUGCUCUCUUCGUCUUUUAGUGAAAGGCGUGCGGUUGCUACAAAACAGUAGAAUUGCCGGUUCGCAGAUGCUUCGCGCGUCUUGAUGUUUUACUCCGAGGGAUGCAGCAGAGGGCAUUUCUACGGCAUAAUUCUCUUAUUAAUGGAGGCUGAUUUCGGGGACUCCCGAGCACACUAUACAGACAUCGAUGUAGAUUGAAUACGUGCCUGCGCCGUUUUACAACCGCAUCCCACGUGGACAUCACGAACGCGGGAGGACAUCAGCACGUUCUUAACGUAAUCUGGUGCGUUGGUCAGUCAGCUAUUAUUCUGACUUUAUCUGGUAAGCGUUGUCAGAGAGAAAUGCACAUGUCAAGUGAACAUCCACUGUGCCGUAGCUGUUGCUAGAUGAUGUGACAGGACAAAAGCUGCAGUGACUGACGGCAGCCCUCAGCGCCUCGGGAAGUCCACCCGCAGGCCGAAUUAUGAUUCGGUACCAACGCUGAGGCAUUGGCAUUGCAAACGCUGGCAGAACACACGUGACCACAGGCUGCUCGCCUCGACGCCUCUGUGCAGCCUAUGCGUCAAUCGUUUUUUCGGCAAGAACCUCUACGUUCCCUAUGAGCCAUCAUUCGUCUAUCUUUGAGCUCAUGUCGGCUUUGUGCCAACACCAAUUCUGCCACAGAC